AUGACCGUCGCCAGCGAGUUUGAAGUUGCCAACCGGCAAUAUGUUGCUACGUUUGACAAGGCCGACCUGCCUAUGCCUCCCGGCCGAAAGGUGUUUGUCCUGACUUGCAUGGACGCUCGUCUGGACCCAGCCAAGUUCCUCGGCCUGGAGGAGGGCCACGCCCACGUCUACCGCAAUGCCGGAGGACGAGCUGCCGAGGCGCUGCGCUCCUUGAUCAUCUCCCAGCAAGCUCUGGGAACCGAAGAAGUCGUCGUUAUCCACCACACCGACUGCGGCAUGCUCAUCAUCCACGAGGAGGAAUUCCGCAACACUGUCAAGAAGAACACUGGCGAGGAUGUCAGCCACGUUUCAUUCUUGACCAUCAAGGAUCUGCAGGAGAGCGUCAAGACCGAUGUCGAGCUUCUGAGGAAGAAUGCUGCGAUCAAGGACGUGCCUAUUUCGGGCUACAUCUUUGAUGUCAAGACGGGCAAGAUUAACAAGGUUGAUGUUUAA